GUGAACUUUGACCUAAAGACGACCUCUUCUCCCGCCCCUCCUUCCUGCGAUGCCUCCUGCUGGGAAGAUGGCGCUCUCCAGGGUGUGCUGGGCUCGGGCUGCUCUGUGGGGUUCGGCAGUCACCCCUGGAUCUUUUGUCACUCGGAGGCUGCAACUGGGUCGCUCUGUGCUGGCUUGGGGGGCCCCUCGGUCUUCAAAGCUUCACCUUUCUCCAAAAGCAGAUGUGAAGAGCUUGAUCUCUUAUGUGGUGACCACGACAAAAGUGAUUAAUGGGAAAUACCAUCGUUUCUUGGGCCGUCAUUUCCCUCGCUUCUAUGUCCUGUACACAAUCUUCAUGAAAGGAUUGCAGAUGUUUUGGGCUGAUGCCAAAAAGGCUAGAAGAAUAAAGACAAAUAUGUGGAAGCACAAUAUAAAGUUUCAUCAACUUUCAUACCGGGAGAUGGAGCAUUUGAGACAGUUCCGCCAAGACGUCACCAAGUGUCUUUUCCUAGGUAUCAUUUCCAUUCCACCCUUUGCCAACUACCUGGUCUUCUUGCUAAUGUACCUGUUUCCCAGGCAACUACUGAUCCAGCAUUUCUGGACCCCAAAACAACAAAUUGAUUUCUUAGAUAUCUACCAUGCCCUCCGAAAGCAGUCCCACUUAGAAAUCAUUAGUUAUUUAGAAAGGGUCAUCCCUCUCAUUUCUGAUGCAGGACUCCAGUGGCAUCUGUCAGAAAUGUGCACCAAGAUACAGCGCGGUAUCCACCCAGCAAUACAUGAUAUCUUGGCUCUAAGGAAGUGUUUCUGUAACCAUCCUCUGGGCAUGAACCAACUCCAGGCUUUGCACAUGAAAGCCUUGAGCCGGGCCAUGCUUCUUACACCCUAUCUGCCUCCUCCCUUGUUGAGACAUCGUUUGAAAACUCAUACCACUGUGAUUCACCACCUGGACAGGGCUUUGGCAAAGCUGGGGGUUGCUCAGCUAACUGCUCAAGAAGUAAAAUCGGCUUGUUAUCUUCGUGGCCUGAAUUCUACCCAUAUUGCUGAAGACAGGUGUCGAACUUGGCUGGGAGAAUGGCUACAGAUUUCCUGCACCUUGAAAGAAGCUGAGCUGUCCCUCUUGCUGCACAACGUGGUCCUGCUUUCCACCAACUACCUUGGGACAAGGCGCUGAGUGAACCAUGAAGUGGAUGGCAUUGUCCUGCAGUCACAUAAUAUAGCAGUGUGGGACCAGACUGCACUUGUCACAGAGAGUCUGUGUGCACUGUUAAGUGUGUGGGAGGCAGAGGAGCAGGUGCCAUGGGCGUCACAGAAUGGUACCCACGUGGGAUCUACGGACAUUCCCCCUCACUGCUAGAACUGAAACCACCUGUCUUUCCAGGGAUGGCGCAUGGGCGGUGUUGUCUUGUCUCCCUCACAGUUAGCUGGAGCUGGCAGCAGCCUCUGUACUGGGCUUCCAUUGUGAUGUGUUAAGUUCAGGUCCUAGGAAGUCAGCUUUUGCCCCAGAUGGGAAUCCUCAUUUGGCCUAGGACUCAUCAUUGCCAUACUUUGUGUUGUUUUGUUAAAGAAGUUGUGGCCAGUGAGAACAGCACUUAGACUGAAGCACUUACACCCAUGCAUGUACUUCAGUGCUCCCCUCAAUCCCUUCUGGUAUGACCAAAAAUACAGAUAUUUUUUACUGUUGUUCUCACUGACAUGGGCUAACCUCUCCCUUUCCUUUUCAAAUCCAUCAAACACUGACUUUUUUUUUUAACUCAUGGGGACAUUUUAAUGGAAAAGAUAAAAGGAAGUACAAGUGCUUCUUGAUCCCUUCUCCAGUGUUUAUGGCCUUUACCCUCCAUUGUCUUAAUUUCUGGGCUGUAGUACAGCCUCUAUGGAUCUUAAAACUCUUUGCUACCUCCACUGUGUUGCAGUGAUCCAACUGUAUGUAACUGACAGUGGCUGCCUUCUUUGGGCAAUGGAUCAAACCCAUGAGGUACUAAUUACUGCCCAGCCCGGGGAGACCAGGAGAGGUCUGCAUCAAGUUAGUAAGUUGAGUUUAGCUUUUGUGUGUGCAUCAGUGACCUGUAGUUCUGUAAUAAUUUAUUGUAAAUGCAUGAAGCACUGUUUUUAAACCCAAGUAAAGACUGCCUGAAACCAGUUGA